GCACUCCCAGCCACAGUCGCACGCAGAGAGGCGCGCAGAGCACAGCGCUGUCCCCGCGCCGCCGCCCCAGCGGACCCGCCAGAUCGCGCCCCGGCCGAGCGCCCUCCGUGCCUGCCCGUCGGCCCCACAGCCAGCCAGACCCCACCCCGACCCCGCCAGCCCUCCGGACCCUGGCCACCCUGAGUGGAGACAGGAGCAAAAUGAUGCUUCAACACCCAGGCCAGGUCUCUGCCUCGGAAGUCAGUGCCUCUGCCAUCGUCCCCUGCCUGUCCCCUCCUGGGUCACUGGUGUUUGAAGAUUUUGCUAACCUGACACCCUUUGUCAAGGAAGAGCUGAGGUUCGCCAUCCAGAACAAGCACCUCUGCCACCGGAUGUCCUCGGCGCUGGAGUCGGUCACCGUCAGCGGCAGACCCCUCGAGAUGUCAGUCACGAAAGCCGAGGUAGCCCCUGAAGAGGAUGAAAGGAAAAAGAGGAGACGGGAAAGAAAUAAGAUUGCAGCCGCCAAGUGCCGGAACAAGAAGAAGGAGAAGACGGAGUGCCUGCAGAAAGAGUCAGAGAAACUGGAGAGUGUGAAUGCUGAACUGAAGGCCCAAAUUGAGGAGCUCAAGAAUGAGAAGCAGCAUUUGAUAUACAUGCUCAACCUUCAUCGGCCCACGUGUAUUGUCCGGGCUCAGAACGGGCGGACUCCAGAAGAUGAGAGAAACCUUUUUAUCCAACAGAUAAAAGAGGGAACGUUGCAGAGUUAAGCAGCCAUGGUAUGGGGGCAACUGGGGAGUCCUCAUCGAAUCCUCCUUUUACAUCCAAAACCCUGAAGCCAUUGGAGAGCUGACUUCCUGUGCACCUCUCGAAUCCCAGCAGCAAAGAGCCAUCAAGGCGAGGGCCCUCGGUGACUCAGCCGGGCCGUUCCACUCCAACCCAGAGUGGACUUUGGACCUGGGCAAGGGCACCUUUGCCUCAACUCUAGGAUUGAGGCCUUAACAUCCCGGGCAUCCUUGGAUUCUCCAGAUGGCCCUUGGUUAGGGUCCUGCCUUUCAUCUGGAUUCUACAAAAGCCAGAACUCCCACCAUUAGGAUUCAUGCAGACGUGUCUGUACCUUGGGUGGGUGGGGUGAGGCCAUCUCCUCCGCUGCCGCUGCCGCUGCGCUGCCACUGUCAUUCGUAGGGGAUGUGGAGUGAGACUGGCAUCUCGUGAAGUCGUGCAAUGGCCAGGGUUGUGCUUUCUAGCAAAUACGCUGUUCUGUACAGGAACUACUGUGUGCAAGGUGUUCAUUUCAAAGCUAGGCAUUGUGCUCUUCUGACGUUUGUGUCGCACAGCACUGCUGGGACUUCUUUGUGACUUCGCUCAGAUCUGGUUUCUGAGAGUUUGGGGGGCUAGCAGCACCACACGCAGCGUCUUACAAAGUGUCCAGGUGGCCAGAAGAGCUUGUCAGCCCCGGGGGAGCAGAAGUGUGCCGGCCAGCAGUGAGUGCUGCUGCGUGCCAACAGAAGAGGCCUCCUUCCCCUCAGCACCCAGGCAUUAUUAACGCAGGUCCUCUGUUGCACUAUGACGCGGUUAUAAUGUCACAGGAAGAAAGCAGAAACAGAGUCCAGCUUCCAAAAGGUGAGGACUCUGCUCAGUGACGUAGGUCAGGAAUGUCUUCCUAGGCUGGAAGAGCCAAAGAAUAUUCCAUUUUCUUUUUCUUGCAAUUGAAAACCACACUGAGUGGAGACACAUUUGAAGCCAGGUGAUGCCCGGGCUUUAGCAUUAUUAGAUGUUAAUGGCAUUGUUUCUGUCAGGCAGAUGUUUGUAGAAAUCUGGCCCAGAGCAGUUAUAGCUGUGAGAAAGUCAUUCACACUGGCCAUGAGGGCUCUGGCUACUGUCUGUUUAAAUUCUGAUGUUUCUGUGAAAUUCUCAGAGUGUUUAAUCCUGCUCAAUAGUAUCAUUACAAUUUUCUGUAAGAGAAAAUACUACUUAUUUAUCUUAGUAUUCCUAACCUGUCAAUAUAAUAAAUAUUGGAACCAAAACAUGGUGAACUUAA